AGUCAGUCAGUCAGCCAGCUGGGAGGAGGACGCGUCGGCUGUCGGGGCGUGAGCGUGAUUGGGGCGAGUGGUCGCCAGUGCUGGUGGGGGAGUUCCGAGUGUUAAGCGUGCCGCCAUGCUCCGUCGCGAUGCUCUGUCGUCGUGGUUGUGCGUGUGGCUGUGGCUGUGGCUGACGGCGGCGUGGCCCGGCGCCGCCGCGGCGCGCGCGCCCAGCAUCGCCGAGCGGCUGCGGGACGACCCCGACCUGUCGCAGCUGUACGCGCUUCUGGAGCGCACUCCGGCGGCCAACAGCACCUUGGCCUACCGCCAGGCGACGGUCUUCGCGCCCACCAACCAGGCCUUCCAGAACUUCGAGCGGCGCGAGAUCCGCGAGGACGCCCUCAUGCUCUACCACAUGAUGUACAUCAACAACGCGCUCGUGCUGGCGGCGCGCUCCAACUUCGUCACGCAGAACGCGGCCGGCAAGCAGCACGUGCUGCACGUGGUGGACGAGGUGCUCACGCCCGUCACCACCUCGGCCACGGCGCCCGCGCAGCUGCAGCUCUACAACCCCGACGCCUUCCAGUUCCUCAACCAGUCGGAGAACUUCGACAUCGGCAAGCAUCGCGUGCGGUCGUUCCGGCAGCGCGUCUACUUCAACAAGAAGGAGAGCGUGUUCGAGGCGCUGGGCAAGUUCACGUUCUUCGUGCCGGUGGACGAGGGCUUCAAGCCGCCGCCGCGGCCCGAGAAGAUCGACCAGAAGGUGAUCGACGGGCACGUGGUGCCGGGCCACGUGCUCUUCACGCGGCCCACGCCCGCCGGCCAGGCCUACGACACGCUCGCCUUCGGAGACAUGCUGCGCAGCGACACCAUCCUGGGAGACAAGAGCCACGGCAACGGCGUCGUCAUGGCCGAGAUCGUGCACCCCAACAUCCCUGUGAAGAACGGGGUGGUGCACCUCAUCCACCGGCCGCUGAUGGUGGUGGACAACACUGUGAAGCAGUUCCUGGAGGAAAAGGAGGACGGUCCUCUCUACAAAUUCUAUGAAGUCAUCAUGGAUUUAGGUGGUGAUUUCAUGCAACGGAUUACUAACAUGAAGGAGUUGACACUGUUUGCCCCGUCGAAUGCGGCGUGGACAGACGCUUACAUCAACAAGCUGCUCCAGGACAAGCCUCGAUUGCGAGAAAUUUUGGACCUGCACCUCGUGGAGGAGCGGCUGCCGGUCGAGGAGAUCGUCAAGAACAACAAGAACCAGGUGCCCACGGCCAUCGAACACAAGAAUCUGUACUUCAACGUGAUCCCAGGUGACCACAACUACACCCUCACUGUUGAAGGGGGAGGAGUAAAUGCCACUGUCAUCCAACCAAACAUAGCUGCUACCAAUGGCAUAGUGCACAUUAUUGAUCGUGUUCUUGGUGUUCCCAAGAGAUUCACUUACUUUGUUCCUCGUGAUCUUGCAUGGAAGAAAUUGGAAAUAAGGUUUCCUUCUACACAUAAGAAGUUGUUUAUGAAGGAUUACAACUAUCAUGUGCGUCAAAUUUUAGAGAGGCACUUGGUUGUAUCUGACCAAGCAUUCACGAUGGCAAAUUUAAAAUUACGCUCUCAAAAUAAUACAGAAGUUCUACCAACUAUUCGUGAUCAUCUUCGAAUUAAAGUGAAGGAACUCGAAAAAAGGUAUGUGAUAGAAUGGGAAGGGGAGAAGGUCACAGUGUUCCGACCAGAUGUGGAAUGCACCAAUGGAAUCAUCCACGUCAUCGAUUCAGUGCUGCUGAAGGAACGUGAUGUGUCAGUGACAGGCAGCAAUGCAGCAGCCCCGCUCCUCCUCUCCCAUUUGGUGAUGCUGGUCACAGCCUGGCUGCUCUUGUAGAAUGUUGGAGCCCUUUGUCACUUGGCUCGAUAUUCCAAAGUGGGGUAGCCCACUGGCCUCAGAACAAUGGGGAGUUAACGUAAUUGAUGCUUUACCUAAGAUCUCUCUGGCAUUUUCCAAUCAAAAUUGUUGAAGAAGGGAUAUUUUAUUGCAGUUAAUUGUAAAUUAGUACUCAAGUCCAAUCAUAAAAUUAAAGCAACAAAAUGUAAGGAUUCAUCCACAAUAUUGUGAUAAAUUCUGUUGUUUUUUUUAAAUAUUUUAAGUGGUGGGCCUUGAUGAAAUAAAUGGACAAAUUUAAUAUUGAUAUUAAACUCCGAUUUCAUUCAUCAGUUCAUUUGCUAUUAUCUUGCUGAUAUGAUCACUAUCAUAUAUUGUUAUCAUUGUUAUUGUUGUCUUAACCUCAAAGAUCAUCAAAAUCAUAAUUACACAGAUGCAUUUAAGAUGUCAUUGCCUUCUACAUAUUUUUUUUCUUUUUGUGACUAGAAAUUUACAUAUGUUUAACUCAGAUUUUUAUAUUGAAUCAUUUAUAGUCAAUUGAUUGACUCAGUGUUUCUAAUAGUAAAAAUAAUUCACAUUUACAUAAUUCUUAAGCUUUUAAUUUUAAUUUCUUGCAUUUAUUUACAUGAUUUUCAAUUCACAAUAAUAAUUUAUUGAGAAUAACCAAUUUACUUGACUUUACUUCAUGCUAUUCUGUGAUUUUAUUUAGCAAUAUUUUGAAUGUGAAUAGACCACUUUUGUGUGCUGUUGAGGGCAUAGCAAUGAGUGCAAAAUCUUAAAAUAAUAUAAAUUUCAUUUUAAGUACGUUUCUUUUUUUUCCUUUUUCUUCUUUCAAAACCUGUUCUUUCUAUUAGUCUUAGUGUAUACUUAUAUGUUUAUAUUCAGCAGUCAUACCACUACAAUGUAAUACAUUGGUGGAAUCAAAUUAAAUUAAAAAGAAAAUUCAAUGAAUUCAGUUUUUUAGAAAGACAAAUUUUCAAAUGAAUGAUGUUGGAUUCAUCAAUUUAUUGUUAUUGCAUAUUAUUUUACAAGUUGAUUAUUUUGAUUUCAAUUCCAUCAGCCUUAACCUUGGCCUUAAGCUACGCUCUUUAUGAAGGUGGAGAAGAUUCUUUGCAUUGUGAUUGUGGCUUCUGCUUCUAAUGUGCCAUAUGCACAAGCACUCAGAAAAUUUUCAGAUUCAAAUAGCCAUUCAUUCCUAAAUACCUAUAUCAUAUAUACCUUCUACUAAAAUAAAUUAAAAGCAUUGUUAUGCCCUAAAUGAAGCACUGCCAAUCAUUUUAAAUGUUUAUGACAGGGAUCUGAUUUGGGCACCACUGGGUUCUUGCUUGAUGAAGAAAAAUGUAAUAAUUGCAUUAGUAUCAUAUUUGUGUAAAACAAACUGCCACUUUUCCUUUGCAAGCAAACUCUGUGCUUCCUAGGAAGAAUCAGUGCCCUGAUCAAAUGUAGAUGUAAGCAUUGCCCUUGGAAACUGGGCUAUGAUGACUGAUAGACACAUCUUGCAAUACUCUUUUUAAGAAAUAAGAUUUACUACCUUUGUAGUUCUUAUCUAUGUAUGAUAGGAACAUAACUUGGUGAUGUCUUGUGUGAACAGAUGUGUAAAAAUAUUACCAGAAGGGAACCCAUUGUUUAAAUACAAAGUAGACUAAAAAAUACUUAUUUUAUUAAAGCCUGUGGUCUUAAAAGUGGAGGAAAGGUAUGUAGAUGCCAAUACAAUAUCCUUCUUGCGUAAUCAGAUAGUCUUAAUUAUUGUUCUCUUCUUGCACUACUGUGUUAAAUAGAUCACAUAUGUAACAUGGCUUUCCUUUCAAGUUCAGUCACUAUUCUAUUGAUGUAACUAAAAGUUUUUGAUUUCUGAAUGUCAAGAAAAAAAAGGUUUACUUUGGUUGUCAGUGAAUCUUGUGUAUGCUUCAAAAACUGUCAAAACAGAAAAAUAUGAAUCUUCUGAUUCCUUAUUCAUCAUAAUUUCACUGGUCUUGACUUGUAUGGAAAUACAACUGAAAUUUACAUGUGUAUGAGAGUUUGUAUGUAUAUGCAUGUAUAAAUACACACAUAUUAAACACAUGUAACAUUUGGGAACCAAACCAUUUAAGUACUUGCUACUGAAACACUGUUGCUUCAAAUAACUACAAAAUAAUGGCUAGAGUUGUGAAUGAACUUGUCUUCUUCACAUGCUGAGAAGUUGGAUGUGGAAGAGAAUCAUAGUGCUUGUGCAGUUGCCUUUGUUUCACUUAAAUAGUUAAAGACUGUUUCACCCAUCUAAAUUUUAGUGACAAAAUUGUUUUUCAGAGCAUUUCUUUCAAAAUGCGCAGUGUAUUCUUCGAAUUCCUAUUAAGAAUGUUUAAUUUCAUUUUAAAUGCUGGUUCUGAAUUUUUUUCAAAAAGUAUCAAAUUAUUCUUGAGUAGUGGUAAUGAAUUUGUUCUUAAAAUGUACUGUUGAUUUAUGAAUGGAUUUGAUGAUAGGUUCUGAAAUUAGAAUUGUCUAAUCAUAGAAAUCACCAUAAUGAACCCUCAUCUUUCCAAGCCAUAGAGAUAUGUUUGCUUUAAAAAAGAAUGCAUUUGAAUGAAAAUUGCAUUUAACAGCUGUGAAACAAAAAUAAACUUUCACAGUUAUUAAAGAAAUCGAGCUACAUAUCUGUAGAUUUUAUGUUUACAAUUAUACUUUGCAGUUUUGUCCAAAAGCUGUGCAUUUUUGAAGAAUAAUAAACAAUAAUACUAAUAAUGCAUAUUUAAAGAAGGUAAUGUGAAAAUGUGUAUAUAUAUAUAUAUAUAUAAAAAUAAUCUUAAGAAAUAAAUAGCUUAUCCAGAUAUUUAUUUUAUUGAUGCAAGAUAAAUUAGAAUAAGUAUAUAAUUUUAUGUGAGCUUCUGCAAAGUAGCAUUGUAUCAGCAAAAAAUUGCUAAAAGAUUGAAGUUGUUUGUAGGUAUUUUCUCCCCAAGACAUUGUCAGCAAAAUCUGAAGCAUUUCAAAGAGGCAGGAGUGUUUGGAACUAUUUGGUCGAAUCUUGUGUUUGAAUGCAUUUGCCUUGCUCAGUGUUUCUGGGGUUUGAGAAUGUGCUUAUCUUGCUUAGAACAUUCAUUCAUGUAGUUCAUAAAAUCAGUCUGGAAGGUCCUCUUUAUCUUUCAUUUUAGUCAGCACGUAGAAAGAUAUUUUUGCAACUUUUGUACUUGAUGUCUUUUGCCUGAUUGUUUAUUACUGCGUAGUACUUGUCCUGAAGGAUCACAAAUUCACAUGGUUUGUUAUUGCUGCCAGAAAGUAUUGUGUGUUUGGUGUAGACUGAUAUUAAUUGCAGAACAUUCCCUAUUUCAUAGUACUUCUAUUAUCCAGUUCAAUUAUUAGAGGUUCAAUAUUUCAUGGUAUGGAAUUGCUGAGAUUUGAACUUUAGAGAAAAAGAUUGAUGUAAUUUUCCCCAAUUAUGUUAUUUUAAAUGUUUAUUUAUGAAAAUUGUGUGAAUGAUGAAUACCUGAGUCUCAAAAAAUCAGAGUGGAUUUAUAUUUAAAAACAGCUUUUUAAUGAAUAUGUACAUAGGAAUAAGUGUGAGAAAUGCUUCACAUUUUGAAAAUACAUUUUGUUCAUAUUUUACUGAUGUGUACAUUAUCCUAAUGUUGAUAACUCUGCUCUGUAAUUGUAAUAAAUACCAUAUUACAUGUAAAGAGUUUAAUCUUUUUGUCUUAGUUCUGUUACAAAUUUUCAAUAUUGUCUAUACUGCAGCAACACAGUGGAGUGUUGAUGUUAAUACUUAAUAAAUGAAGUUGGUAAUACAUUAUAUUGAAAAAACAGAUGAGAUUUUGAAACGCUCUACUAAUAUGGUGAUGUCUUACUUAUGUCGUUCAAAAGAAACCAUGUAUACUCUUACAUAAAACACGCAUGCAUGCAAGCAUGCAAUCAAACCCACACACUCAGAAAUGAUUAUAAAAUCAUUCUAAAAAUUUAUGUGGUGGGCCGAGUUGCUCUCCCUUAAUGCUCAACUUCACUUGAUGGAGAAACCAGUAGCUCACAUGUGGUGCAAGAAAAAAGUUGCAUUAAUAUAAAAUUUACUUAGGUAUCAUUUCAUUCCAAAUGUGCAGCUGGCUCAGAAAGUGAUGUUACAACUGACCCGAGAAAUGUACACAGCGACACAUUGCUAUCAGUAUUUUCAGUGCAUGCUAUCAAAUGAUGGCAAAAUAUGCAUAGUACUAUUAUAAGCAUUUCAAGGAGAGAAUUUAUGACAAUUUGUUAUAGGUCACCAGUCAUCUCAAUCAUUCUGUUAACUUUCACAAUACCUAAAUCCCUUCUGUAGCAGUGUAAAAUGUUGUAAGGACCAAUUCAAAUAAAGUGGAAUUUCACUCCAGUGGUAUGGGUGCAUUUUGUUAUUAAACACUGACAGAUGUCCAAAAGAUUUCAUUUCAAAUUGUAUGGAUCUUAUGAAUGA